AUGUACCUCGUCCAUCGGAAGGUUUUCCACUUCCGGUGUCAACGAGGUACUGUACAUUCCCCCGUCGGGAGGGGUUCCUCCCGGCGAGCCAACUUUCAAACCAGCUCGUCGGAAGGAAUCCCUUCCAACGAGCUGGUGUACGCGCCGGCCGACGACAAUCAAUCCCGAGCCAAGUGCUUCCACUAUCUUCGAUCCUCGAUCAACCAACUCAACACACCCAACACAAUAUUGAUGGCAGCUUAUACCCCAGCUGACCGCCGUGACCAGGUCUAUCUAGGAUUCUUCCUAAUCCAUGCCAUCAGUGCAGUCUGCGUCGAUAUCCAGCCUCUGCUUCCACAGGCCGUUCAGCUCGAUGUCUUCAAACGACUUCUGGACUUCUCGUCGGAAGGGAUUCCUUCCGACGAGCUGGUUUAA